AUGUUGCAGUCCGAGGUCGACGCAAUCUUUAACGCUUUUGACCAGAACAAGGAUGGUGGCCUCUCCCGUGAGGAGUUCGAGAAGGCCCUGGCGGCCCACAGGCUUCAGCAGGUGAUCCCCGAGCCAGCGGCAGUCCCGGUCUACGGACCACCUCGCACCGCGCCUGGUGCGAUCCAAACGGAGGUGCAUGCAAACAUGCAAGCGGCGGACACUUUCAACAUGGGCGUUCCUGUCUACCAAGCGCCGACUGUCGCACCAGUCUACCGAGCAACAACGAUUCAACAGCAGCUGUAUCAUGCGCAGUAUGCGCAGCAGCAGACGCAGCAGCAAGCACAGCAGCAAGCGCAGCAGCAAGCGCAGCAGCAAGCGCAGCAGCAAGCGCAGCAGCAAGCACAGCAGCAAGCACAGCAGCAAGCGCAGCAGCAAGUGCAGCACCAACAGCAGCAACAACGGCAGCAGCCGCCGCUUGUCACUUACUGUGGCAUGCCGUUGCAGCCAUCAGCCGCACCACAGCCAACCGUGCAGACAGCACCUCAGGUGCAGCAUGUGCCGCAAGUGACGCCGCAAGCACAGCCUGCCCACACCGUGCCAGUCAUGCAAGCACCGCAGGGUCAACACCUGCAGCCUCCACAGCCGCAUGCCCAGGCCCAGACCUUGCCGCAGAUGCAGCCGAUGCAAGCACCGCCGGUGCCGGCAGCACAGCAGUGGCCAGCAGCACCCGCAGAGCCGGUUUCGCUGCCACAGUCCCACCAAGUGCCCCAGGGUUCUUGCACUGCACCCAUCAGCAGCCCAGUACCGCAGCCUUCGGUCUACCGGCGUGUCGAGACAUCCUCCAAUGAGCGCACCCCAUCUCCGGUCCGCGUGGUGAGUGCUCCGCAGCCGAUGCAGGUGCAGUUUCAAUGGGCCCAGAACGAUGCCCUCAUCCGGAGCAUCCCCUCAGGACGCAGUUCCAUGAAUGGUGCAGUGUCGGUGGCGACGCCGACGAACGCUUUCAGCUACCUCUUCCAAUCGCAGCACGUGCAGUCUCAGCGCCUGGACUAUUUGCAACACGAGAUGGCGGAGAUGAAGCAGAUGUUGCAAGCGGCACUUGGGGGGCAGAGGACGGCUGCUCCAAUGGCAGAGCCGCAAGCAGGCACCUUCGAGGCGAUGGCGCCAGCCAGUGCCUUAGACAUGACCCGCGAUGCAGUGCCGAACCGCGAGGACAUCGACCAGGCCAAGAGGAAGAUCAUGGAGCAAGCUCGCGCUCAGACCCGCAUGACUGCAGCGAAGACUACGUUCGAGCCAAUGCAGUACGCGCCGAGCAGUGUCUCGCGACACACCUGGGCAAUGCAGGAAGACUUCGCGCAGGCCUCCGAUCGCGAGCGCGAGGAGCAGCUGCAAGAUGUCAAGGGCAAGCUUACGGCACUGUUGGAGCCUGGGCAGCCCGCGGGUAAUUCGCUCGGGCAUGCCUACACCAUGGGCAUGGGCGAAGGAUAUGACUCACAUCUCCGGAUGCCUAACCCGCAUCAGUCCAUUGAGUUUGCCGUGCCAAUGGAUGCGAGGAAUGACUAUGCUGCCGAUCCCUUUCUGGGCGGCGGCGCUGACUACAACGCCGAGCAAGUGCCUGGCGAAUCGGAAGGCUUGAGGAAUGCAGGCAAUCCUGAUCCGUUCAUGUCCAUGGAGUUCCAUCCUCAGAGACCAGACAUGGGCGGUGACUAUCGACCAGAAGGAGUGUUCACGCCCGGGGGCACCAACGUCGCUGACGAGCCGGAGUUGAUGGGACUCCCUGGACAGGAUCCUAUGCUCGCACCCAGGACAUUCGGCGCCCCAACGGCUUCGAAUACCUUCUCCUCAUUCAUCAAGAAGGACUGGAACAUGGAU